AGUAUUUGAUGGAUCUAGGCAAACUGUGGCAAAGGGAAGCAUCCCUUCAUUAACAGGAAUGUGUUGCUGUUUAUGCACUGGAAAGGGGAGUGCCAUGAGAUCUACUGAAGGGACUAUUGCUGUUGUUGCAUAUCUACAUGUGUUUGCACCCCUGCUGGGACUGAAUUAGGUGUUACAGGCAUCUUGGACCAUCAGGUAUUGGAUAGUGACUUUUUUCCAUUCAAGGUGUACCUAGCACGAGAACUGAAAGACACCAGAGAUCUUUUUCAGAGACUCAGAGUGAGACAACCUCCAGCCUUCCCCUUCUGUAACUGCCUGCUAUACCAUGGGAUGUCGGCAAAGCUCUGAGGAGAAAGAGGCAGCGCGGCGGUCCCGCAGGAUUGACCGCCACCUGCGCUCUGAAAGCCAGCGACAACGAAGAGAGAUCAAGCUCCUUCUCCUGGGUACCAGCAAUUCGGGGAAGAGUACUAUUGUAAAGCAGAUGAAAAUCAUCCAUAGUGGUGGCUUUAACUUGGAGGCCUGUAAGGAAUACAAACCUCUGAUUAUCUACAAUGCAAUUGACUCUCUCACACGUAUCAUUCGGGCUCUAGCCACCCUUAAGAUAGAAUUCCACAAUCCCGACAGAGCGUACGAUGCUGUGCAGCUUUUUGCCCUGACGGGCCCAGCUGAGAGCAAAGGUGAGAUCACCCCUGAGCUCCUGGGAGUGAUGAAGCGGCUCUGGGCAGACCCUGGUGUGCAGGAGUGCUUUUGCCGCUCCAAUGAGUACCACUUAGAGGAUAAUGCUGCAUACUACUUAAAUGACCUAGAAAGGAUUGCAGCACUGGACUACAUCCCUACCGUGGAAGAUAUUCUGCGUUCUCGGGACAUGACCACAGGGAUUGUAGAAAAUAAGUUCACCUUUAAAGAGCUGACUUUCAAAAUGGUGGAUGUGGGUGGACAGAGAUCUGAACGCAAAAAAUGGAUCCACUGUUUCGAGGGGGUUACAGCAAUAAUUUUCUGUGUGGAGCUGAGUGGAUAUGACUUGAAGCUGUAUGAAGAUAACCAAACAAGUCGAAUGGCAGAAAGCUUGCGUCUCUUUGAUUCCAUCUGCAACAACAAUUGGUUUAUCAACACUUCCCUCAUCCUUUUUUUGAAUAAGAAAGAUCUGCUGGCAGAAAAAAUCAGACGCAUCCCCUUAACAGUCUGCUUUCCUGAAUAUAAAGGCCAAAACACGUACGAGGAGGCAGCAGUCUACAUCCAACGCCAAUUUGAGGACUUGAAUCGCAACAAGGAGACCAAGGAGAUCUACUCCCACUUCACCUGUGCCACUGAUACCAGUAACAUACAAUUUGUCUUUGAUGCAGUGACAGAUGUCAUCAUUCAGAACAAUCUCAAAUAUAUUGGCCUCUGCUAAGAAUCCUUGGGCUUAAUUUGUUUUCCUGAAGUGAUAAAAAAGGGGCUAACUACUUCCACUUCUAGUGGAAAAGAAUGGGGCAAUGCUUAGUAGCCCAAGGAGCAAAAAGGGGAAAUCUGAUGUAUGUACACAGUUCCUCUUAAGCUCCCUUAACCUCCUACGUUAUUUUUCACAAAUGUAUGCUCUGGAGAGUGAAAGCCUCCUCUCCAAAACACACACGCUCUCACACACACACACACACUCUCACACACCGGCCCCUCUGGGAAAAAAAAGGCAAGUAAAAAAACCCAAACCAAAACAAAAAAAGAGAUUGAGGCCUAACUCUGUGGAGAUGUUUUUCACCACAGUCACUGCACUUUUAUUCCAUUUGUUUCAUUCCAUUUCCUACAGUGGGAGUGUUAUCAUGUUCUAUGUGAGAAAUAAUUCAUCAUCCAAUUGUCCUAAAAUUUGACUGAUGUGAAGUGGCAGAUGAACUUGUUUGCAGGGUGUGGAGCAGAAUGGUUGUGUUGGAGAGAAAAGCUAGUUCAAACCAGAAGCUACAGAACAGAGAGUUUAAGUAAAAUACUACGCAGAUUUGUAGAAAAUGGGCGUGCACUCACAAUACUGGCACCCACAGUGAAACAGUAUAUACACACACAUCAGGUAUGCACAUGACUCACAGCAUAUACUAUGUACACACUUCUGCUUUACUUUAGUGUUUCUCAUGGACAACUUGCCUGUUAAAGGAAUUGUUGGUGCGCAACCGUUCUGUGAUUUCCAAACUGACUAGCAGCUCCUUCUGCUCUUUAAGGCUUCAAAUAUGCAGCAAACCUACAUGAAAUGAAUCUAUGAAUAGGCCAAAUUAAGGUCAGUGUUUCUUCUACUAGUGAGGAGUUUUAUACAUCAAAACAGUCUUCUUUUACAUCUUUUUUUCCCAACUCUUGUGGUGUUUCACAAAAUCCAAACUAUAUUUAAGAAGUAGGUUAGUGUUACUUUUUUAAAACAGAUAAAUAAAUCACAAGGCAAUUUUAAAAAUUAUUGUUGUAGUGUCUGGAUUGCUGAAUGUGAAAGUUGCCAACAGACAAUUCUGUUCCCCUGCUCCAAAUACAUUCUGGGAAUUUUAAUAUUGUAACAGAUUUCCCAAGAAGCAGGAGCCAUGGAGAUUGGUGUAGUAUAUAGCCUCCAAAGUCUUUUUUUUGUCGGUUUUUAAAUUAUUUUUAAAAUGUGAUGUAUUAUUAGAAGGUUAAAGAUGAGCGAUAUGAACAAUAACUAAAUGUCUUGAUAUUUCGAUUUAAUAAUUUAAAUUAUUUACAGUUUAGUGAAGUUAAGGAAACUGAAGAGAUGCAUUCCUCAGCUCCAGGUUUCAUCUCAUUAAGAAACACUACUGGAUGAAGUAACAUUCCAGCAAAAGUUUGAAUGCAUAAGAACCUCUGUGGGACUGUACUGGAAAAUCUCAAAUGGAUCAGAUAGACCUAAGUCUUUGGUCACUUGAUUCUUUCCCCUGCCAUAGAAAAGACUUCUGAAAGACUUCAGUGUAAAGUUGGUGUGUAAAUAUAUGUUUGAUAAUUGUAAAGCACAUACGUACACAGAGACAGAGACACACAGACACACUGGAAAAUAACCUUCUACUUUUGUUCCCCCUAUGUACUAUGAUUAGCGCAAGAAAUCUCAGCCAAGGGCUCUAAGAAAUUGAAAACAAAAUGGUUAAUAACAUCAACAUUUAAAUUGUCCACUUAAAAAAAUAAAUUAUUCAAGUGAUA